GGUGUUGGUCGAUGUCCGGCAAAGUCGAGGCUUUGAUCGAGAAUUUCUAUGAAAUUACGGUAGCCGCCGGACGCUGGACACGUUUAGAGUGGUAAAAGGGCUCUUUGUGAACCUGUAAAAAAGUACGCGAAGCUAAUGUGAUAAUUAAGAAUUACACUCCGAGGGCUUCGAGACAUCAAGAUGUAGACUUUUCUUUAUACCUUUCGCCUACGGAAAGACGUUCGUUCAACGUUCAAAUUUGUAUAAUAUGACACAAUUCGUGUCUCGUCUCUUAGAUACGAUGCCACGGAUUAAGUAGUUCCAGAGAUUGUAAACUAGCGAGCAGAUGAGUUGUACCGUAGAAUUGCGACAACGUCGUCAAACCGGGAUGGCGGAGGAUCCCCACAGAUUAGCAGCAAUGAUGAACAAAUCGCAGAGACUCGUAUUAGGUCUUUUGGUAUUGCUCUUAGUCGAUAUCAUUUGGGUAUCGAGUUCAGAACUUACUAAAUACAUUUACAGGGAAGAGAAGUUUGAAAAGCCGUUUUUUAGCACGUAUAUCAAGACCUCAAUGUUCACGCUUUAUCUUCUGGGCCUUUGUUUUUGGCCACCCUGGAGAGACCAGUGUAAUAAACCAGCGACUUAUAUGUUCAUAGAUCCUAAUGUAGAGGAUGACAACUUUUACUCGGAAGCUAACACCAGUCUCAGCGAUCCAACGUUCGUGCCGAUAAAAACUCCCGAUCAUUGCGAUCGUUCCUCAGGCACCGAAAGCGAUGAUUCGUCGAUACGAGCGGUGAGAUUCAGCAAAUUGGCCGAAGUCAGACACAUGUCCGAGAGCGAUGCCACCGAAGCUUUAUUAGCAAGAUUAAGUUACCAGGCGAGUGUCCGAGCUGGCGAGCAUGCCAGACGUCAAGCUCACAAGUUUCCCGUACAAAAAGUGGCGAAAAUCGCUUUUAUGUUUUGUCUUCUGUGGUUUAUGGCAAAUUAUACUUACCAAAUUUCCCUCGUUGAAACUGAAGCCGCAAUCGUGACAGUAUUAUCGUCCACUUCUAGUUUGUUCACGUUGUUUCUUGCCACUUUCUUCCCGAGCAAUGGUGGAGACAAGUUCACAUUGUCGAAAUUAGUCGCCGUUUCCGUCAGCAUUUUUGGUCUGGUGUUGGUCGGUCUCUCGGACUUGACAUUAGAAACGAAUAAAAUACCAACAGGCAUAAUCUUGGCACUAGUCAGCGCAUUUUUUUAUGCAGCUUAUAUCGUGUUCCUAAAAAGAAAAGUCGAUCACGAAGAUAAAAUGGAUAUACCAAUGUUUUUCGGCUUCGUUGGACUGUUCAAUCUAACAAUGCUAUGGCCAAUGUUCUUUAUACUUCAUUACGGACAUUGGGAAGAGUUCGAAUGGCCGAACAGUCAUCAAUGGACAUUUCUGAUAAUAAAUGGACUUAUUGGGACGGUAUUGAGCGAAGUGCUGUGGCUUUGGGGCUGUUUUUUGACAUCUUCCCUGAUAGCAACGCUGGCUGUCAGUUUGUCAAUGCCAAUGACGAUGAUGGCUGACGUUUUAUUGAAAAAAGUCGAAUAUCCUUGUAUCUUCUAUCUCGGCACUAUUCCAAUGUUACUGGCGUUUCUUACUGUUUCUCUUUUGUCCCAUUAUGACAAUUGGGAUCCGGUUAUGGAUUUGGUUAAGGGAAUUUAUUCUUGGACUUUCCGCAAAGGCCGAACCACAAGGUUGCCCGAUCUCGAAGCCGAACAAACGCAAUCGCUGAUCGGUAUUAACAGUGAAGAUCAUGAGGCUUAACACGACAAUAAUCUCAGCGGUUGCUAAUGCUUAAUUCGCAUUACUUUACGCAUAAUAGCAGAAGGGAAUAGAUUUUUUGUUGUCGGUUAAUCUCCCGCGGCACUGCCAACAACUUUUUUUUUCUUAUCAAUAGUUCUUUGACUAUUGAGAUAUCACAAUCGUUUUCGACGAAGAUUAUUCGUUUUUGUUCUUCCUUAGGGAAUUGCAUAUCUCAUAAAAUAUCUAAAGAAAACAAAAACUCAUAAGAUAGAGAAUUAUCCAAAAUCGUUAAAUUACUUCGUUUUGUUUUUAUCAUUAUUCUCCAUCUUCGUUGAGAAUUGCAUUGUUUUAAGGUGCAAAGGAAAAUUAAGGUACAGAAAUAAUCGUUUGAACGAGUAUUGAUCAUUCCCGCAUAAACAAUGUGAAUUGAAAAGUGAGUCUGCAUAGUCUUUAGUUGUCGUGAUUACCGGACGCCCAAUUUUUCCCGAGCUGACAAAAAACGGAAAGAAUUUUUCGUUUCCGUUAAUAAGAAAAUAGUUGCAAAAACAAUUUUACUAAAUUCGUCGUGAAAAAACUUGAACUUGUUUAAACGAAAUGUGGAAAGAAAAAACGAGUUUCGAUGUUUCAAAACAGCAAGUCGACCGAAGCACAACAAACGCGCGAUUCGUGUAUGUGUGCGUGUUUUAUGUACUUAACGGGUUUUGUUUCGAGCUUUUUGAAAAUGCCAUUUGCCAUGUAUAUCCGUAGAUUUAAGACAGCGUCAGUGAGAAAUUUCUAACACUUUGUUUCUGCCCUCAUCAAUCGUAAUGAGGAUCUCUAUUCUGGAAAAAAAAAAACACCAAAAACCAGAAGAAAAACCCCAUUGAAGGAUCGAGGGUGAACUUCGGACAAAUUCAAAGUUUUCCUUCAAAAAAUGCAUGAACAUGAACGAUACCAAUAUUGAACUUUAUUAGAUUUAUGUUUCGGCAAAUUUGCUUUUCAAAUUAAAUUACGUAUCAAUAUUGGCAAACAAUUUUGGAGAAAAAAAAUCGACACCCAAAAAUUGCAAAAAUUAAAAAAAAAAAAUCGUUUGAAACGACGUACCAAGCUUGGCUGGAACGGCCGAAACUAUACACAAAAAUAUAUUUGUUCGUCAUUCAUGUUAUUUCUUCCGCGAGAUACGCAAUCAUUUUCCUGUUUGUUUUGUUUUUUUCGACAAAAGCGCAACAGCGAAAAUUGCAAUUCGCUUCUCAAAACACGAAUGACAAACAAAAAGUGAAAAUUAAAAGACAAGAAAAAAAAGGAGAAAUCUAGUCAGAAAGAAGAGAAAACAAUCGAGAGAAAAAAGUGUUUUUUAUACUGCGACAUUCCUCAAUCGCGCCCUGAUAGGGAGAUGUAUUUUUCUAUGAACAAUCGGAGAAUGUAAUGGCCCCCCUCCUCGUCCGAUCUUUAAAAAAGAAAAGAUGAAGAAAAAAAUAUUAUAACCGCGUUUGCCAUAUGUGACUGUUGUGUUUUGUCCUCUAUAACUCGAGAUUCAUUUCGAGUUCGCACAAUGUUUUGUUAAUUUAUAUAUGAAAAAAGAAACAUAAGUUGAGUUGGACGUUUUUUCAAGAAUGUCAUAUUAUUUGUUGAAUUAGGGACUUGAGGAAAUGAGCUAUAGAGAAGAUAAUAUUAUAUGUAAAUUAAUAUAAUUAUACACCGAGUAUAUUUUUAUUCCUCUUUUUUGCGCGCGUUUAUACAAUUAGCAAUGAUGAUGGUGAUGAUGUAUUAACAGUUUUUGAAAUUACUAUUGAAAGUUUCGUAAAAAUGUUUUUUUUCUCUCUAUUUUUACAAGCUUGGGAUCAUAUUCAUACCUCCAAGAUCGCGACCCUUCACUGUUGUGAUACAUUGAAUACACGCUGCGCAAAAGUUUAAACAGUGAUCAAACAAAACCUAUUUUGAAGAUAUGUUCAGACAGAUAUUUAGAUGAGAACGAAUUAAAGAUGCAAUCCGACCGAAAAACAUUCUGAAUAAAUUCCGGCGCAUCCAAAACAUUGAAAAGCAAUGAUUAAAUAAACGCCCAGUAUUAUGGAGAAAUAGCUUAAAAAAAAAUAUUCGAUCCGUUUCUUCAGGUGGAUUAAUUAAACGAUUUCGUAUUUACGUAUCAAUAUUAACGAGUUCCUUCUCGAAAUGGUUUAUCACAAACUCGAAUGCGAAAUUUUUCGAAAUUUUCUUAAACAUCAUAUUCGCGCUUUUUCCAUAAACUUUUGGAAAGUUAGAUUUUUUUUUUGAAGCUUUCGAGAAAAUGCAUCGGCGAAAAAAGAUUUUUUGAUCAGCUGUUGAAGAAAAAUUUUCAUCGAGCAACUUUAUCAUAUUUUUUCAUUACUAUUGAAAAUGAAAAUUCGUUAAAGUUUUGGAAGUGACAGAAUUUUUCAACGUUUCCGUACAAUUGCAACUUUUGAUAUCCUCAUUCUUAAAAUGUUUCGGCCAAAGCAUAUGUAAUUCGUUCUUGAAGCGCUGCAUCCAUGAAAACGCCAGGGAAACGAUGAAAUUCCAAUUUUUUUUCCCGUCAAACUGUUUGCAGAGGAGAUAUUUAUUUCGUUUUAUACAAUAUAAUAAUUGCUGACAGCAACGAAUUUUUUGGGUCGAGUUUCGCGAUCACCAAAUCCUUUAUUUUACCAAAUGAAGGUUGACUCUAAAGAAGUGCGAUAGCGUCAACGGCCCUCAAACUUUUACUAUCGUUUCUCCUGUAAAUAUGGGAACAAUCCUGUAAAUAUGGUAACAAUUUUUACAGAAAAAGUCAACAUUCGUGUUUAAAAACAUUUCGUUUUUACGAACCGUUCGCAAAAAAAGAAAUUCGAAUUUCGACUGCUUUUUUGGGGCCUCCACUUGGACGUAGCGCUCUAAAUAAAUUAAAAAAAAAAAAAGGAAAAUAUAGAAAGACAAGAGAUGAAUGAAAAAAUAACGAAGCCAACUACGUUGUAUCUCGUUGUAGAAUUUAGUUGACUGUUCCUACAUGUAAUAUUCCUGUAUAUUUAUUGUACAUAAAUUAUACCGUAUCGUUAUUAAUAAUAGAGUUGUAUACGCAUUAUGUAAAAAAAUGACACGAGAGAAACUUUCGACGAUUAAGAGAAUAAAAACAAAAGUUGAAGAAAAA